AUGUCACUCAAAACAAUCAAAACACGUACUCUGGAAGUCGGUUACUAUGACCACGGCUCUUCAUCAGGCUGGCCUGUUCUUCUGUACCACGGCUUCCCAUAUGACAUCCAUGCCUACGACGAAGUCGUUCCAAAACUAGUCUCAAGCGGCGCACGGGUUAUCGUACCUUAUGUACGCGGCUUUGGCCCUACACGCUUCCUCUCCGCUUCAACCGUGCGGAGCGGACAGCAAGCAGCCCUUGCUUCAGAUGUCAUUGAACUCAUGGAUGCGCUAGGUAUCGAAAAGGCUGUCCUGGGUGGCUUUGACUGGGGAGGCAUGUCUGUGUGCGCUGCGUCGGCGCUUUGGCCUGAGCGUGUUGUUGGGUUGGUUUCGUAUGCUUCGUAUGACAUUGCCGAUCUUGCGAGUUACAGAAAGCCAGUAGCACCAAGCUUGGAGUGUGUCUGUUGGUAUCAGCACCUUUUCCAGCAAGAGCGUGGAAAGGCAUGUCUAUCUGAACAUAGACGAGACUUAUGCCGUAUGCUCUGGCAGCAAUGGUCACCGACGUUCUCAUUCAGCGACUCGUUUUACAACCGCACGGCCGAAGCCUUCGACAACCCUGAUUUCGUUGACGUUGUCAUCCACGCCUAUAGAUUCUGCUUCUCUAACGCAAAAGGCGAUCCGGAGCUGCAGCGGCUAGAAGACGUGUUGGCAUCCCAGCCCAAGAUAAGUGUGCCGACUAUUACCCUCGAUGGGCUGCAGGAUCCUUUGAAGCCAGGCGGUACGGCUGCGCAUGCGGAAAAGUUCUCGGGACGGUAUGAGAGGAGAGAGGCUGAUGUUGGUCAUGCAUUUCCUAUGGAGGCGCCGGGGGAGUUUGCGGAUGCUGUUCUGACGGUUCAUAAUUGGCAGAGUGAUUAA